GUGGCAGUGCCAGUGAUCCAAAUGUAGCGGUAGGUUCUGCAACAUGAGUUACAUGCAUACCAUCAUCACACGAGGAACACACGCCUCAAUGCAGAAUCUUAUCAUGUCCCGUUUGUCGUGGCGCUAGCUAUAGAAGCUUUGAUUCGUCAUUCUUUACAUACGAGAGUGUCACGAGUGCCGAUUCUUUGGGUAGGAAGAUCUAAAAUUUGUAUUGAUGCAUCAUUACGUCGAAACUCUUGUGUUCCUUUGGCGUUGCUAGUGAAAUUGGUUCUGACGGUCAAAAAUGUCUUCCUCAACGCAGGGCCUCUUCCCACAAGUUGACCUCGGAAACACGUAUGGGGCGCUUUUCAUUGGGGCUAUUGUUGCGGGAAUCCUCUUUGGUCUAACCAAUGUUCAGGCUUUCAUCUACUUCCAGACGCAUAGGGGCACAGGGACAACAUUCUAUAAGCUAGUCGUCAUCGUGCUUUGGAUACUUGAUGCUCUGCAUCUGGUCUUCAUCGUCCAUUGUAUCUAUUAUUAUUUAGUGAAUCACUUCGCGGACAUUGGUGCGCUCACAAGAAUUGUAUGGAGUUUCAAACUUCAGAUAGUAUGCGACGUCCCCAUCAUCCAUGGAGUACAAUUACUGUAUAUUCAUCGAAUAUGGAUAGUCAGCAAGGGCCGAUCAAGAGUUCUCCCUAUCACAGCGGGCAUAUUCGUGGUUCUAGAUUCGAGUGAGUUUAUCACCCCGAAACAUUAUUCGAUCGUGAAACACUCCCCUUCAGGUGUUUCCAUCCCCCUUCUUUGGGCACUAUUCCAGUGCCAUUCGUUCUCUGACUUGGUUGGAGUCGAGUGGUCGACAUAUAUGGCCUUAGCCGCCAUUAGUUGCGGUGAUGUCCUUAAUGCAUCAUCGUUAUGUUAUCUCCUCGCUACCUCCCGUACAGGGUUCUCUAGUACCGAUUCCUCUAUAAUAAAACUCAUGGGUUUCAUCAUUGAUACCGGCUGUUUGACGAGCGUAUGUUCGAUAGUAGCCAUCAUAACAUGCGCAGUGAUGCCCAAGAAUUACGUUUUUCUCGGUAUUGAAUGUUUAGUGGCUAAAUUAUAUGUCAACUCGUUCAUCGCACUCCUGAACGCGCGACACUACCUAAAGGCCGACAGAGACAGUAUCGUUUCUUCCAAAUACCAUACCAGACACAGCGUCUACCUCCCAAAGCUGCACUUUCGCUCGUCGCAAGACGAGGGACUCCAACGAGAAUGUUUUGAUCCCGACAAUGGGGUGGGGCAUCCCAUUCGGACCGUUCAAUCUAUCACGGUCGGUAGUCGCCUUAGUGUUGAUGAAACAGAAGAUACAGCGUAUACUUGCGAUGACAGUGAAAAACCAUCCUAUCUCAAAUUGGUAUGAUGAAUUUGUAUGGACGGAUUGUAUGCCUGUUCUUCCUGUAUUAUUGCCGUUUCGAAAAGUUGACGAC